GUCCCACAUCCAGUGCCGUGUGUGAACUGUAAGGAAUUUGAUACCAUCAUAACCCUUUCGAAUUUAUAUCAUGUAUCAUUCACAGUUGUCGUCUGGCAUUUGCAUGCCAGGCGCGAUUCUCAUGCAACCCGGGACCAGUGUGAAAUCUGUGGAAACCGAGACAAGGAUUGGUCAUUGCACUAAUGUUCCCCGUAACACCAAUAUGGAGAAUCUGCGAAAUCAAUACUUGUUUCCACAGAUAUGUGCGCGUGAGAUGGAGCACGCACGGAAAUAUCCACAAGCAAAGUUGAUAAGACUUGGAAUUGGUGACACUACAGAGCCUAUACCGGAGAUCAUAACAGCAGCUAUGGCAGAGCAUGUACAUGCAUUAUCAACAGUCAAAGGUUACAAAGGGUAUGGAGCAGAGCAAGGGAACAUGGACUUAAGAGAUACAAUCGCAGAAACAUUUUACAAAGAUACGAGUAUAAAAAGCAGUGAGAUUUUUGUAUCAGAUGGGGCGCAAAGCGACAUUUCUCGCCUUCAGAUGCUCAUGGGAUGUAAUGUGACAAUGGCAGUGCAGGACCCAUCCUUUCCGGCAUAUAUAGACACGGGAGUUAUAAUCGGUCAAGCUGGCAAGUUCCUGGAGGACACCGGCAAGUAUGAGAACAUAGUGUACAUGAACUGCAGGCCGGAAAAUAAUUUCUUCCCCGACUUAUCCAACACCCCAAAGACUGAUAUAAUUUUCUUCUGCUCACCUAACAAUCCAACUGGUUAUGCUGCAUCACAGCAACAACUGGAGCAGCUAGUGGAAUUUGCAAGAGCUAAUGGAUCCAUUAUCAUUUAUGACUCUGCAUAUGCUGCUUAUAUCACAGAUGAAAGCCCGAAAUCUAUCUUCAAAAUUCGCGGUGCCACAGAGGUUGCCAUUGAGAUUUCAUCUUUCUCCAAAUUUGCUGGGUUCACGGGCGUUCGCCUUGGUUGGACUGUGGUCCCUGAAGAGCUGUUAUAUGCAAACAGGAUUCCCGUCUUGAAAGAUUUUAACCGCCUCAUAUGCACCUGCUUCAAUGGCGCAUCUAGCAUUGCACAGGCCGGUGGUCUAGCAUGCCUUUCCACAGAGGGUUACCAGGCCUUGAAUGCUGUAAUUGAUCACUACAAGGAGAAUGCCAAGAUCAUUUUCGACACAUUUUCGUCGCUCGGGUUUAAUGUAUAUGGUGGCAAAAAUGCGCCUUACAUUUGGGUUCAAUUUCCAGGCUUGAGAUCUUGGGAUGUCUUUGCUGAGAUUCUUGAGAGAGCACACAUAAUAACAGUUCCAGGCAGAGGCUUUGGUCCGGGAGGGGAAGAGUUCAUUAGACUUGGAGCAUUUGGACACACACAAUCCAUCAUUGAAGCAUCAAGGAGGCUCCAAAAUCUUUUCAAAUAAAUUCCUUAAAUUAGUACCAUCCAUCAGAUUUACAUUUUGUUUGUCGGCUUCCAUUUUCUCUUGUCCUCCUCCAAUAUUUUGUCUUUAGCCUCCUACGUACUUUUGUCACAGUUAGAAAUCAUACACCACCAAUGCAAUGCUGUUGAGUUUGCAAUUAAGAAUUGGCAUGAUUUCUAAGUGCAAUUAUUGUCCUUAAUUAUAAGCUUGUUUUGUUUCAUCAUAAUUGCUAGCAUAUACUUAUAAUUAAGGCCGAUGAUUAAAUCAAAAGGGCACUAGUUUUUUUUUUUUGGUAAGAUUUCAUUAAAGCAAAAAUUUUAAAUAUAAAAUAAUUAGAUUAGUUUUGUUGUAUGAUAUAAAAUGUUAGGUGUAUUUUAAAAUGUUAGAAAAAGAAUUUUAAAAUACAGAGGCUAAAUUAACUUUAAAAUAUAAUUUUAAAAGUAUAAUUAAAAUAAUAAAAAAAUAAAAAUACUCACACAAGCAUGGAAACAAAAAUAUAAUAAGUUUUUGAGCAUAUAUCUUUCAUCCUUCACGGACCCCACCAUAAACAUCAAAUUUCUUCCCCUUGUUUAAUUUAAUUUGGUGCAGAGAGAGAGAGAGAGAGAGAGAGAGAGAGAGAGAGAGAAGCCAAGUCAAAAUCAAAAUCCAGUUGCUGAAACGUGCUUUCUUCUUCAUUUGGUCCUCUAAAUUCCAGCCAUAGAUAGAGGCAAGCAACUCACAUCCUCAAGCUCAUCCCUUGUUUAAUUUAAUUUAAUGUAAUGUGCGAUCAACGCAUUUGAUUUGAUGUCUCUCGUUCUAAAUCUCUGGCCCACACAUGUUAAGACUUUAUAAAAUCUGAGAUGCCAAUGCCAUUGUAAUUUGAAAUUAAAAUAAGACCGCUAUGUUUAUACAAAUUAAAAAAAAAAAAAAAGCCAGUCUUCUACCAAUGUAUGUUUGAUUCUAUUUCUUGCCAUCCACUCCACAAAACCUGUCCCGACACAGCAACAGAUCGACGACAAAUUAAUUAAGCUCUCUCUAAAUUCCCAAAUUAAUUUAAUUCCUUGCUCCCCAAGCCUAGGCUUCUUGCUCUCUCUCUCUCUAUAUAUAUACAGGUUCAGCCAUUAAUUUUAUCAAGUGGUUGGAGGAGAGGAUAUAUAGUUGUUUCCAUGGCGUCGGCUGGCUCUACUCUCGCCGAAGCUUAUGUAAUGAGGAAGCUCCACAGGGAGAAGAUGAAGAGCAUGGAUAAGGCUGCAGAUCAUCAUCAUGAUGAUAUCACGAGGACGGCAGCGAUGAAGGACUCCGGCGGCUGCCUCUGCGGCAUCUUCAGGAAGAUCCAUCCUACCGCUGCCGCUGUCCCACCGGCCGAUUCUUGUAAAAGAAAGGAUGCAGCUGGUUGCGUAAACACUACUCUUUCAAGUGCGGGGCUGACUGAAUAAACUCAAUCAAUGUCUGUAACCCUGAAUCAUAUAUAUAUAAGUUGCAAUUUGCUCUGGCAAACUAUGUAAUAUUAUAUCAAGGCUGCCUUGUGCAUGUUGGUCUGUAAUUUGAGUUGGAUUGAAUUGUUUUCUCUCA